AGUAUCUUUUACGUCAGUUCGAUUCCAAAGCUCCUACCAUUGGGGUCGAAUUCAUGAACAUGGGUUCUUUCAUGUCCCAGCCUCUUGAGCCAGACAAGAUCGCCGCGCCUCCUGAAGCCGCCUCUUCCGCCAACCCUGCGCCCAUGGAGAAACCCAGAACCCCGACCUCCGCAGAGCAACCCCCCGUAUUUAAUAACUGCUGGAGCUGUCGCGUGCUCUCCGGGUCAGGGUUGAUAGGGGCGGGCGGGUAUGUGUACUGGGUGGCACGGAAGCCCCUGAAGCUGGGAUACGCCCCGAGUCCAGGGACUAUUACGCAGAUGGUCAUCGGCAUCAGCAUUGCUUGCUGGGGUGUGGUCAUCCUGUCAGAUCCCAAAGGAAAGGCCUUCCGAGUUGGUUGAAAAUACUACCAGUGAAUUUGUUCUCUGUCCCUGCCCCCAUGACACACAGAGCAAGCAUGGGGCUUUUGGAUAUUCUGGACACACACAGAGCUGUCGACAUACUUCAGUUCUUCAGAUUCUACAAGACUGAAAAGACAAACAUUGGUUGGCAUUUUCUGGACAUGAAUAUUUGUGGCCACCUUCUCGGGCUCCACAA